AUGGUCGAACUCAGGAAACGCAAGGCGCCAGCCCCACUGCCCGUCGCAGAGAAGAAGACCAAACAAGCCCCUAAGCCCAAACAAGAGGCAGCUGUUCCCGAUAAUGAUACCGAAAAAAGCCCUGGGCCAAAACUCCCUGAGGUGGAUGAUACAAUCGACAUAGAAACUUUCGGUGGCGAGUUUGAGACCAAUGAGGCUGAAAAAACAACUCUGAAGAAGCUCCUCGAGGAGAGCAAGACCGGCGUGGUUUUCUUUACUUACCCCAAAGCCUCAACACCUGGCUGUACCAAGCAAGCUUGCUUGUUCCGUGACAACUACACCCACUUGACUUCUACUGGUCUUUCUAUCUACGGUCUUUCAAGUGAUUCCCCCAAGGCCAACACCACGUUCAAGACAAGACAAAACCUACCUUAUCCACUCUUGUGUGACCCCAAGGCUUCUCUUAUUGCAGCCAUUGGGCUCAAGAAAAACCCCAAGGGUACCAUGCGAGGUGUCUUUGCCGUGGAUAAGAAGGGUAAGGUCUUGCUUCGCGAGGCCGGUGGUCCAGAUGCGACUGUGGACGCUGUCCAGAGGAUUGUUGCCAACUGGUCUAGCGUGGAAGAUACCAAGGCAAACGGUGAAGAUACCAAGGAGAAAGGUGAAGAUACCAAGGAGGAAGGUGAAGACACCAAGGAGAAAGGUGAAGGUACCAAGGAGGAAGGUGAUAAAGCAGAGUGA